AUGACGUUCUGGAGUGCUCACAGUAACUCCCACUCUGGGCCAGACAUGUCUGUGAUAGUGGGAGAGGGGCGGUUCAUAGCCCAGAGGGUCACCAGAAGCAUCACCUACUACUACACCAGCCGGACACCAGGGGCGGUACCCCUGCCCCCUCUCCUCCCACCAUCUCCCCACCUCCUCCCAUCGAGACGCUCCUUUUCCCUCACCUUCGUACUCCCUCUCCACCCCCUUGCUCCCAGACUUGCCCUCUCACCACGACGUUUCCUCAGUUGUCACCCCUUCCGCUUUGGAUGUACCAACCCUCUCUCCAUCCUCGCCCACCUCCUCCCCCGUCCCCUCCUCCUGCUUUUCCCGUGGCUGGGCGCCCGACCGGGGGCCAUGGCGAAGCACCGGGACCUCUACCUGGAACGCGGCCUGGACAUCCUAUCAGUGGAGAGCACUGUGUGGCACUUCCUGUGGCCUCGCUGGGGGCUGGAGUAUGGGGCUGAGGUCCUGGAGGUCCUGGGAGACCCGCGUUAAAGGUCGCCCCUUCUGGUCCACGCCUUCUCCAUCGGCGGGUACACCUUCACCCAGCUGCUCAGCCAGAUGGUCAGGGAGCCACACAAGUACCCAGGCCUGGCCCAACGGGUCGUAGGACAUGUCUAUGACAGCAUGGUGGUCGGAUCGCUGGAGCAUAUGGCUAAAGGCCUGGGUCUGACCCUGUUCCCUCAUAUUGAGCCCCUGGUGCGAUACACUGCUCUGCUCUACUUCUGGCUCUUCAAGUCCCAGACGGUGUACUACUACGACAAGUCAAUCCAGGUCUUCUACAACAGCCCCGUCACCGCCCCGGCGCUCUUCUUCUUCUGCGAGAACGACGCGUUGUGUGACCCCAUCGUCAUGGAGGCGGUCCUCGACUUCUGGAAGAAGCGGGGCGUUGCUGUGGAAACCAGGAAGUGGAAGGAGUCUGUGCACGCUGCUCAUCUGCGCUGUCACCCGAAGGAGUACCUCUCAACACUGGAGACAUUUUUUCACUCGCUCAACAUCGCCCCUCUCAGGGCUAAGAUGUAAAUGGUUCAUGUGAUAAUCACAUUGAGGGGUUUGAUAAUUCAGUAAAUCCGGCAAACUCCAAAACAAAUGUUAGAACAGAUGUUAUAACAAUAUUAUAACAUAGUAUAACAGUGUAGUCAUGUAGCAUGUAAACGUUUAUCCAUAGAAACUUGUUUGACACAUACUCAGCAUGUGGGUCACGA